AAGAGAUUAAAGGUGCAUGUUUUGGCUUUCUAAGGUGCCAUGUUUCUGAGCCUGGCCCUACUCCGCAAUAAGAUUCCUGGGAGCCAAUGGAUUGGGAAGUACAGGCGGCCGAGGAAGGUGACUCUGGGCAUGAAGACGAGGAUGAUUAGGAGACUGGAAAUCGAAGCAGAGAACCAAUAUUGGUUGAGCUGCUCGUAUCUGACAGCCAAGGAAGAGCAUAAGCAUAACACCGAGUGGCGACAGGCACGAUGGGAAGCUUUGAGAAGCAGGAUCGUCUCCAACUUCCCCCCACACAAGUAUCUUGGGGAUCAGUUGAAUCAUUUAAAUGUGUCCAAAAAAUGGACAGGAAGUUGAGCGAUGCAGCCUGCUUUGUGGGAGCACGCUUACGCUGCCCGGCCUUUGGGUCUGGGACGCUUUGUACCUGUCCGAAAACUGGGGACAAAGAUAUGAAAGACCUGAAAUAUCUUGUUAAGAGUUACUGAAAUUAAAACAGAUUCCUUCAGAAACGA